AUGAGCCACCGGCACCCGUCCCUCCCCCGUCCUCUCCCCGUGGGCCUUUUCCCCACCGCCCCUGCUGCCGCUGCCCUGUCGAACGAGAGGCCACUCCGUCCGUCGUCGUCCUCUGUCCUCUGGCCGUGCUGUUCGGUUGGCCCUCUCUCACCACGCCACCGUGUGCCCUCCCUUCCUCCAGAUUCAGAUUCGCUCGCUACGCUGCUGCAUCCUCAUCGCCGUCGCCAUCCCCAUCGUCGCCGUCAUCGCCGUCUCGACGCUCCAUCCACUCGCCCUCGCUCCAUCAUCCAUCCACCGGGCCUCUCCUCCUCUCCUCCUCCUCCUCUUCUCCUCCUCCUCCUCCUCCUCCUCCUCCUCCUCCCCCCUUUUCUCCAUCCUCUCCUCGGCCCAUCCCCCGUCGUCCCGACCCCUCGCUCGCUCCCUCUCCACCAAUCGCUUCCGCCAUCCCACCCGCUCGAUCCGGCCUUCUCUCGACCGUCAAUCAUCGGCCAUCGACGACGGGCAAGACCUACCGACCACGGCCACGACGACCACGACCACGAUCACGACCCCGACGUGCCCGACGGCGUUGCUAGCCCUCACGACGGGGGUGCUGUAGCGACCCGCCGCCUGUCCUGGUGUCCGUCUCCACCCUACGAGCCGACGCUCGUCCGGCCGGCCGACAUCCAUUCCAUCGCCGUCAUGAAUCCAUCCGACGGCCAUGCCGUGAGCCUUGGCCGGAGGUUCUCGACGAGGAGAUCGGUGAGGUCCAUGGACAGCGUGCGGAGCGACGACGAGUACGACUUGAACGCCCAGACCGUCUCGGACGGAUUCCGCCCCGUCCAAGCCGCCGCGACGCUCGUGCAGUCGCCCGUGACGAGUCCUAUCAGCCUUCCGCCGCCCGUUGCCACCGUUCUACCCGUCGACCGACCAUCCAGCACCUCCAAGCCCUCGCCGGCUCAUGAUUCGCUGACGUUGCGCAACGACGGCUCGAGCGCCGCACGCCAGCCUCUGUCCGGGUCGCACGCCGCCCCGUCCGCCAUGUCCAACGCCUCUCCUCUCAUCCAAGUCGAGACGCCGUACCGGGGCCCGACCGGUCCCUCUCACCCGUACGAGAUGUACCCGCAGCGGACGUUCAGCAACGCCAGCGCCUCGACGGCUCCAAACGUCGAUCGGCAAUCCUAUCACGGGCCGACGGGGCCCACUCACCCCUACUCCCUCUACACCCAAAACACCGCCCCGGCCGAGGAGUCCUCGCCGCAGCAGCAGAUCCCCGUCGGCUUCACGGGCUUGGGUGCGAGCUAUCAACCGCAGUUCGGCCCGGGCGGCGAAGGCGGAGACUUGAUCGGUCCCCUCGGCCACGUCGAGGAGCUGCCCCCCUACACGAGGUAUCCCGAAACCUCCUUCGCCGGCAAGGCGGCCGAGCCUGUCGAGAGAGCGCCUUCCCCGCCCGUCGAGACGAUCCCUGGAGCCGGCGGCAUCGGCAUCGCCACGCGCAACCCGGAAUUCUCGUCGGCCGAGGACGACAUCGCCGUGCCGAUAUCACGCCCCCCCUCGAGGAGCGACGUCAGCCAUCACGAGAUCAACGCGGCCGCCAAGGAGGUGUCCGAGCAGCCCAAGCUGACCAAGUGGCAACGGAGAGCGAGACAGAAGCUGUGGGGCGUCGUGCCUUACUGGGCGAUAUGCCUCCUGCUCUCGGGCAUCGUCAUCAUGGGCAUCGUCAUGGGUGCCGUCAUCGGGACCCUGCUUGCCAACCACGGCAACCCGGACCCGCCGCCCGAUGGCCAAUUCGACCAUCAACCCACGGGCACCCCCACGGACACGUUGCCGAUGAGUUCGCUGCCGCCGAACCUCGCCCCCCUGGAGACGGGUCACUUUUCCCUGCCCCCUCUGGACACGAGCCUGGCUCCAAAAUCCUGCUUCAGCGACCCGACCCAGGCCCAGGCCUGGAGCUGCGAUCUUCCCUUUCAGUUCUACUCGAUGGACGUCAGCAUGGUUCCCAAGGCUCCGGACACGAGCAACUACGAACUCACCCUGACGGCCGUCAACUCCUCCUCGACCAAGUGCAUCUGGGGGACGCAGCCCCCCAACAUUCCCGACCCCAAAUCUCUCCAGCUCGUCAUGGACACUUUCCAAGAGGCUCGCGGCCCUGCCUGGUGGGCCAAGGUCAAGUACAACAAGACCGUCAUCGUGCCCGAGGACAAGUUCCCUGCGCCCAAGACCAAGCGGGAUUGGCACCUGCUGUUGGAGAGGAACAUGCCGGGGCCCCCGCCGAGGUCGAGGAAGAGCUUCGGGGCCAAGGACGGGGACAAACCGUGGAUAUGCAUCUGGCCGGACACGACGCUCGAAAUCUUCAUCUAUCCCAACCAAACCGCCAGCGUCUCCACCUCGUCAUCCAACGGGCCGCCGCCGCCGCCGCCGCCGUUCGGAAGCUCGACGACCAUGGCGUCCGACUCCGCAUCGCCGACGCCCGAGAUGCCCCUGAACCGCAUACCAGCCUAUCCAAAGGUCGUAAAGCUGGUCGAGCGACGAUACGACGAUCCAAACACGACUCCCGUCUGCCAUCAAGUGGAGAUUAUUGACAACGGGCACGGGACGAGAGACCUCUUGGACGCGAGCGGCCGGCCGAUCGAGGUGGUUAUCCCCGAGAGCAACGCCGGCCCGCUCAACCAGCUGUCGCAGCGUGAACAUAUCCGCUCGAACAAGCGGCAGUACGCCAGCGUCGAGGUGCAGGAGCUCACGAGUUGUGGCUGCCUAUGGUGGUCAACGUGA